CUCUCUCUCUCUCUCUCUGGCAUCACCGUCGGCAUGCUGGAAAGCUAAACAAGCACAAGCCACCGGGAGGUGUUGCUACUUUACAGCCGCCUCUUAAAUCCUAAAAUAGAGAAAAAUCAUGCUAGUCACAAUUAUAAGCACCUUGCUCUUCACAAGGAGGAGGAAGGCAAUGCAGCUUUUCCCAGAACGGGUGAUCAAAAUCUGGAGCCUGUGGGAGCUUCGUGUUGCAGUACUAAUCAGCCUCGGCUUGCAAACCAUCCUAAUCCUGAUUGGGAAAUGGAGAAAGCAUUCAACCAAAGACUACCUCAGAAUUGUUUUGUGGCUCGCUUACUUGUUGGCUGAGUCAACUGCAACAUUUUCACUCGGCGUACUCUCCAACAGCCAAGAAGACUCUCAAGGUGAUUCUGUAAACCCAGACUAUGUAAUAACAGCAUUUUGGGCACCCUUUCUUCUCUUGCAUCUUGGUGGCCCAGAUAUUAUUGCUGCUUAUUCCUCAGAAGACAAUGAGUUGUGGAUGAGGCACUUGCUUAGGCUAGGUUCCCAGUUGCUUGUAGCUUCCAAUGUCUUAUUCAGAGCAUGGUCUAGUGAAGCCUUGAAUUUUUUGGCAUUACCAAUGUUCAUAGUUGGGAUUAUAAAGUCUGGGGAGAGGACUUGGGUUUUAAGAUCUGCAAGCAGUGAGCAAUUUAGAGAUUCUAUGCUCCAAGAUCCUGACCCCGGUCCGAAUUAUGAUAGAUACAUGGAAGACUACAGUUCAAGGAGAGAUGAGGGCUUCAGGGUGGAACUUGAAACAUUCAGCGCAUCCAAAGCUGCCACAGGUAGCGAUCAAUCACGCGAACCUGCAGCUGAUGAUGACAGUAGCCAAAAUGAUCCAAUAAACAAAGCUUACACUUUCUUUGAAAGUUCAAAGAAGCUCUGUGCUGAUCUCAUCCUCAACUUCCAUGAUGUAGAUAACAGCCAAAACUUCUUCCAAGCCACAAACUUUGAGAAAGCUUUUAAAGUUAUUGAGAUUGAGCUAGGUUUCAUAUAUGAUGUGUUUUAUACUAAAGCAGUCCUCGUUUAUUCUGGCCUUGGUGGCAUUCUCCGUUGUAUUACUUUUUUUUUAACAGUUUUAGUAUUCCUAAUUUUCCUUUUCACCGAGAAGCAAGCAUACAGGGAAAUGGAUGUGAUUAUCACAUAUAUUAUGUUGGCAGGAGCUAUCGUCCUAGAAAUUUAUGCUCUAAUCAUACUGCUUUCCUCAGACUGGACAAAGCUGUGGCUGAACAAGAACAAGAACACAAAUACGGUGGCUUGUGUGGUGAACAAGAACAAGCACAAGAAUGAGCACACAAAUACGGUGGCUUGUGUGGUGGGUUUCUUGCAUAAAACUGUUUCAUACCUCCCAUUGGUUAACAACAAGAGCUGGUCUAAUUCCUUGGGACAAUACAAGCUCAUAAAAUUUUGUCUUAAGACUAAGCCAGCUAAGUGCAUUAUUUUCAAGAAGGACUGUUAUAUAAAUACGUAUUUAGAGAAGCAUCGGUACAAAAAGUACAGCAAAGUACCCAUAGAUUUCGUAAAGCAGUUGAUAUUUAAGCAGCUCCUAGAGAAAUCAGCAACUGCCAAGAGUUUCAAGGAUCGGAAAGAAUUAUGUGCUGGAAGGGGUGACAAGGUGCUCGACAAAAAAGGUCUAAAGAUACUUGGCUGGACCAUUAAUGAUGCUGAAUUUGACCAGAGCAUCCUUCUUUGGCAUAUUGCUACAGAUCUAUGCUACAAUUCUGAUCUCAAUGAAGAAAACCAAAAUUGUCAAACAAGGAAGAAAUUGCCGAACAAAAAUUGUCAAGCAAGUAGGCUAUUGUCGAACUACAUGUUGUACCUUUUAGUCAUUUGCCCCUUCAUGUUGCCAAAUGGGAUUGGAGAGAUAAGGUAUAGAGACACAUGUUCUGAGGCUGAGGAUUUUUUCACAGAAAGAAAAUUGAAAUCAGAUGACAAAAAUGCUCGCAUAGAGCUCAUGCAAGUGUGCACUGACCUCCUUCCAGCUGAUGUGAAAGGUGACAAAAGCAAGUCAGUGCUAUUUGAUGCAUAUGCAGGCUCGCAAAAGAUUUGCAAGCAAAGGAAAAUUGGAAUAAGGAGAAGAAGUGGGAGCUGAUAAGUCAUGUGUGGGUGGAAAUGCUA